UCAUGUCCAAUGCAACGGAGGUUUCUACUUCUCUUAAUGGUCUGGUGAGGGAUGUCGAUUGGUACCGCCAGCUUUGGUGGAACACCGGUAACAUACAUCCCAAAGCCAAGUGGGAGGAAGCAAC